AUUUAAAUAAGGUAUUUAGUGCGAUUCAAUGUGAUAGGUAAGUAGGAAUACAUAGAUUCCCAAUCAGAUAUAGGUACAAGAGGAAUUAUAAACAUGCCGUCUUAUGGAAAAAUUAUCGUCAUUCGCCGAAAUGGAGACGAUGGUUCGCGAUUCCCUUUGACGUCACAAUCAUGUUUGUUUGGAAGGAAUUUGAAUUGUGACAUCCGAGUGCAACUUCCUGCUGUUUCAAAUGAACAUUGUCGACUUAAUAUUGGAGAAAAUGGAGAAUGUCAACUGUACAACUUGAGUGAAAACCCAACCAAAGUAAAUGGUGAGAUAUUGAAAGACAACACAGUUGUUCAACAUAAGGAUGUAUUUACCAUUCAUGAUCGUUCUUUCAGGUUUGAAUACCCAGAAAACACACCUUUCUGCAAGACUCCCAAAAAGUUACCCCUGGGUCAAAUCCAAACAAAUGUGGCCGAAAAUAAUUCACCAUUUGGAGCUUUAGUAAGGGAUAUGAAGAAGAGCAUUAAGACUGCAACACCCAAGAAACCAAAGGUGAGUAUUGAUACCAAGUUGGGUUCGGAAAAGAAAAGUUCUUCCAAGAAAAGGCGAAGUGGCAGAAAAUCUAUUGAAAGCAAAAACAUAAAAAGUUCUUCACCUGAGUUUGAUGUAAAUGACAAGAAGGCCAAUGAAGAGAAUAAUGCUCCUAUCCCUGUAUUAAAUGAAACUGCAAGUAAUUCUGCUUUAAGUUCGUUAAACUCAAGUGGAACUCUUGACUCAUUUAACAAAGCGAUGAUCGAGUCAAGCGUUACUGAUGAAAGCGAUAAAUCUAUAACUGAGGAGAAGAAGGAAAGAAGAAGAAGCAGGAGAUCAUCUUUGAAGAAGUCCUUGCCAACUCCCUCCAUUGCUCAGUCUCCGGAACAAAAUGAAAACGAAAAUCCGAUAUCGAAAGAAGAUGAUCAGAUGAUGGUUCUCGAAACAAAGAAAGCUGUUCAGAAAAGUCCAAGGCCCAACAUCAAGGCUACAACUGCCAUUGUUCCAGAAGGUACUCCAACUAUUUCAUUGUCUUCACCAGCUCCUGCCAAGCAAAAUGAUCCGUAUGAUUUCGCAGUUUCUCCUGAAGCUGCUGUUUUUGGUAAAAGUACGAAAAAUUACAGGCGUAGGUCAUCAGGUAGUACAAGCAGCAAGAAAGCCAAUCUUCUUGUUGGCAGUCCCCGUGCACCAACAGCCAUACCUUUGCAUGCAACAAUGGAAGACCUAAAGCGUAAAUCCAUCCCAUUAGUUGAAGACACAGUAGAGGUUGAGAACAACUCUUCUCCUAUCAAGAAGCCACCAUCUUGGAUUCUCAAAUCCAACAAAACUCCGUCUUCAAUUUUGUUUCAAGAUUCUCCAGUUUCGACCAGAAAGUCCCGAAGAGUGUCGUUUGGUCCUCAACUAAGUCCAGAGCAGUUUCUGAAGACUCUUCCUCCAAACACCCCAGUGAAGAAAGGAGCGGUAAUUCCCACAGGAUCCGAAAAAUCUCUUCUUGGAAGAAAAUCUGUCUCCUUCUGCCCACCAUCUACAUUGGAAACAUUGGAAGAGCAACCAGCAGAAGAAACAACACCCGUUGCACAGAGAAAAGUUUCAAGGACUCCAACUCCAUUUAAACCAGCUCAGGAUAAAAAGAAGCAAAAGUCGUUGCUACAACAUGUUUUAACUGCAACAGCAAAUGCUAACAGUGUAAUUGCUUCACCUCAAGUUAAAUCACUGGACCCUGAUUCUAAAGAAGAGGAAGAAAAUAAUGAGAAAUGUUUUGAAGAGAUGGAAGAAUCGCCAGUAAUUGAAGAACCUCCGGUUCCUGUUAAGAGCCCAAAGAAACGUAGAAGCUCACUGAGGAACACCCCUAUAGUCAACACUCACAAAACUGCAACCAAUUUAUUCCGUAGACGAAGUGCUGGUAAAAUGAACAAACCACUUUGGUCGGAAAUCGUUCGGAAAGAUAUGAAAGCUGCCGUUAUCUCUACAGUUACCUCACAAGCUGUCGUUAAAAACACAAAGAAAGUUUCUAAGAAGAAGGGAACCCCCUCCCAUCAUACCAUGCACCACGUUGAUUCGCCAGCUACUAUUUAUAUCGGACGAACUAAAAGUCGUGUCCAACCAACAAGAACACCAAGACCACCCAAAGGAGCAAGGCCUGUUAAACUUGAUCUUCCACUUAAUGAGAGCUUUGGAGGAUUGGAGGAAAUCUUCCGGACUCCUGCUCGUGAGGAAACAUCCUUGGAUGAUGAGGAUCAUGAUCUUUAUGAUGAUCUUCAUACUCCGGAAGCAAGCAUGGCUGUCUCUCCAUUCUCUGUUGAUCAAUCCAAGCGAUCUUCAUCACGAUCAAUGACAAGAAGAUCGGAUGAGAUAAAGAUGAUGGAUUCAGGAGCUUCUCCGGAUUUAAGGAGAGUAAAGAUAAGUAAAUGUGAGGAGGAAGAAGAAGAAGACAGUGAUGAUGAGAUCAGCUUCACUGGGAUUGCUAACCUCUUCAAAGAGAAUGAUGAGGAAUCCUCUAAUGAUGAGGAAGAAGAGCAAUCUGAGGAGAUGGAUGUUGGAGAUGAAGUCUUGUCUUCUUCGGUGGAUGACGUUGUGAAGCGGGUUGAAGAAGAUAGCGAAGGGGAUGUUUCAUCUAUUGAAGACUCAAUUGUUGGGGAAGAUGGGAGUUUGGAUGACACAGUUGAGCUCACAGAAGAGGAAUCUGCGGAUGAUAAUGUCUCUAUUAAAGAAGAGGACACAGAUGAUGAUAAAACUGAAGAUGCUCCUGCUUCCGCCAACUCCAGUGAAGAGGGUGAUCUUCCAAGGACAGAGUUGAGAUCUGUUCGUCCGAAACGAGAAAAAUAUGGAGCAGUUGAAGAAAACUUUGGGACCAAGCGUUUGUUAAAAACUCCUAAGCAAAAGGUGAAGUCUGCUGCUGUUUCGGAGCAUUUUGGGACGAAAAGGUUGCUUAAGACUCCGAGAGAGAAGAAAACAAACCAAGAGGUGACGGAUAAACUAGGAAUGAAACGCUUGCUUCAAACUCCAAAAGAAAAGGUGAAGAAUGAAGCUGUGGAGGAGAAUUUAGGGACCAAGCGCCUUCUUAAAACACCAAGAGCAAAGAAAAAUGAAGCGGUGAGUGAUAAGUUUGGAACCAAACGUUUGUUGCAAACCCCAAAGGAAAAACAGAAAAUUGAGCCAGUUGCCGAGAAUUUCGGGACAAAAAGGUUGCUGAAAACUCCCAAAGUAAAACAAGCUCCUGUGUUGGAUAAGUUUGGGACAAAACGUAUUUUUACAACGCCAGUUCAGCAUGCGCCAGAACCUGCUGUGGUCGGGAAGUUCGGGUUCACCAGAAUCUUUAAGGAGGAUGAGGUUGUAGAGAAGAAGAAAGAGGAGUAUGAAGAUCAAGGUUUGGAUGGUUUAAGACACAUAGUGAGGACACCAAAGAUGAAGAACCCGCCUCAGGAUGGUGAUCUUCAUUUGGCUAAGAUCAUGUCCUCUCCAGAAGAUUGGAGGCAGGAAUUGAAAAAAGAUGUUCCAACUUCAUCUGACGAUGUUGUGGAAGUAACUGGUCGUAAGACAAGAUCAAAAAAAGGGAAAACUGUGGCCAAAAGUGAGAAGAAAAAAGUUCCAAAGAUUGUGUUGAGCACUCCUGUUGAUGAAGAAGAAACUGUUCCUGUUGUUUAUAUUAAAGAACCUGCUGUGGUUGUCAAUAUGGAAGAUAUAUUGGAUCUAAAAACAUCAGGGGAAAAUAAAAAGGUAACAAACAAAGGAAGGGCAAAAGCUGCAGCUCGUGUUACACGCUCACGCAGCAAAGAUCUUACUACAACUGAUGAGGAGGCUAAUUCUGCUCCAAAUGAUGUCAUUGCCCCUGAAGCAAGAUCUGAGGAAGAGAAAGAAACAUCUUCUCAAAUCAAAAAGACAAGAAAAACCACAUCUGCGAGCAAAAAAGCAACCAAACCAACCCGCGUGACAAGAGCACGAAAACGUAAUGUUGUAGAAGUAGAUUCAGCAACUUGUGUCAUCACGCAAGAAAAUGAAGCUCCAGUUGAGAAGUCUGCUAAACCUGCUGAGCAGGACACAGAUAACCAGGAAGAAUCAUCGCCAUCCAAAGCCAUAGUGGAAGAUAUAGUAGAUGUAAAAACAUCACAAGAAAAUAAGAAGGUGACAAACAAAGCAAAAGCAAAACCUGCAACCCGUGCCAUGCGCUCCCGUAGAAAGGAUGUUACUCCAACUGAAGAUGAGGCUUCUUCCGUUCCAAAUGGUAUCAUUGCUCCGGAAACAAUGUCCGAAGAGCAAAAAGAACCAUCUCCAAAAAUUCAGAAGACUACUACAAGUAAAAAAUCAACUAAAACAAAACAUGUGACAUGGGCACAAUGUGAUAAAGAUGAAACAUCAGCCAGUGAAAGUGAGGCACCAAUUGAAAAGUGUCAUGUACCAAUAAAUCAGGAUCCCGCACCAGAAGAUAAACAAAUAUCUUUAGAACCUGCUAAAGAACCUUCCACUGGUCGAAGUACAAGAAAGAGGAAGCAAAAAGUUCCUGAUGAACCACCUGUUGCAAAGAAAUCUUCCAGGACAGAAUCUUUAACUGACACAGAGCAAGUUAAAGAAACCAAAACUACAAGAAACAAGGGCAAACCUAAUGAGGCAAAAGAAAAUGUGAAAACCCCAGCUUCUACAACAACGAAAACUCGAACAAAGAAAACCAAAACUCUUCCAACAGAAACUGAAAAAGAAGCAGCUCCAGUGUUAAGGAGAAGUUCGCGUAAACGAGUUUGAUCAGAAGUUUUUUAACUCAAUUCCUGUGUAUAGGAGAAUUCUUGUCUCCAACCAUUUUAGCUGCAUUUUCUUUUUCUGGGCAGCAGAUACAGAACUGCUAAACAAAUUGUUCUUGUUGUAUAUAGUUAGUAGACACAGUAUGUACAGUCGAUUUCUGUUUAAUUUUUUUAAAAGCUGCCCAAGAUUUUUCAAUCAUAGUUCCACAAGUAUAGUGGGAUGGGGGAAUACGGGACACCUUUAACACUUAACAUCUUAUUAUCUCGAUCGUGUUUUAAACAAUUAACAACCGUCUAUUGGAGUCGUGAGGAUGUGGUUUUAUAAUUAUUUGAAUGUUCUUUGUUUACUACCAAAUGAAACAAGAAAAAAAGGUGUUCCAUCUUUCCCCACCCUACUAUAUUUAAGUCCGAAAGUUAAAUAGCUAGUUUAAAAUCUCAAUCCUAAAUAACUGCCCUAAUUAUUCUAGCAUUACCUCCUCUUGCGUUGCUGCCUUUUUAAUCCGGAUUUUAGUUUUUAAAUCUAAACAUUCCGUUUUCACUGAUCUGGUGGUUUUGUUGUCGCCUCGUAUUUACAUUCUUGAGGUGUAUUUAAUAAAUGUGUAUCAAAAUGGAA